AACCGACAGCCGACCAUGCACCGGCUUUUGCUCCUGUGUCUCUUCAUAACAGCUCCUUACAGUUAUAGCGCUUCCACUUCAAGUUCUGGAUCAGUGGAAUUGGAUGAGCUUUCGUUUGAAAAAAUAACAAGUAAAUUCGAUGCUUCUCUUGUGAAAUUCGACGUCGCAUUUCCAUAUGGCGACAAACACGACGCUUUCGUGGCACUUGCAAAGGACGCGAAAGAUGUGGACGAACUUUUGAUAGCUGAAGUUGGUGUAAAAGAUUAUGGGGAAAAAGAAAAUGAGAAAUUAGCGCUCAAAUAUGGGGCGUCGAAAGACAACUUCCCCGUCGUGAAACUAUUUCUAAAAGACAAGGAUGAGCCGCUAACCUUUGACGAUUCCAACGGUUUUACUAGUGACGAAAUUCGAAAGUUUAUUCGUAAAAACACUGGCCUAUAUUUAAGCCUUCCAGGGUGUGUAAAGAGCUUGGACAAACUUGCUGUCAAAUUUAUAAAGGCCAGUGAUAAUGAAAAUAGAAAGAAAAUACUAAAAGAACUGGAGGAAGAUGUCAAAAAAUUAUCAGACAAAGAAGCUGCCUCCGGAAAAGUCUAUAAGACUAUAAUGAGCAAGAUUCUAGAAAAAGGGGAUGACUUCAUUAAAAGUGAAAGCGAAAGAGUAAAGAAGAUACUCAGUGGGAAAGUAUCUGAGGAGAAGAAGAAAGAGCUAGGAAUUAGAACCAAUAUCUUGCAAGCAUUCCAGUUGGCACACAUUAGUGCAGCCAAAGAUGAACUGUGAUUAUUUUAGGGACAUUUAAGUGCAAUUUUUAGGUUUUAUUAGUGUGGUUUGAAGUGUGGCACAAAAUAUUAUGUUUGAAAAAUCUAUUGCAUAA